AAUCCCAUCCCACAUUUUAAAUUUUUUUGAAUUGCAGUACAAUUUAGAAAGAGCUACCGCUUAAUUAAUCCAUUUAUGGACAGUUCCUUUUCUGAAGUGGGACAAUUGUAUUUGAUCCACCAUUCGUAACAGUAAGCACAAACCUUCACAACCUUCCAAAUCAAAACCUUGCAGCGCCUGCUAUUCUCAAACUACUAAUUGAAAAGAACCCAUCCAGAUUCAAGAUAAAACUUCAACCACUCAUAUACCAUUCUUCUAUUAGCCUUCUUGCAAAAACAAAAAACAAAAAACAAAAUACCAUUGAGCAGCUUAGCUUCCAAAUCAAAUUCACCAUCCAUGGGAGAGGUUGAUCCAGCUUUCAUCCAAGACCCUGAGCACAGGCCCAAACUCUCUGCCACCGAAGCUGAAGGCAUACCAUUGAUUGACCUGUCUCCCCUAAACUCCUCAGACAACAUUUCUGACCCUAAAGCCAUUGCAGGGGUUGUUAGAGAAAUAGGCAAUGCAUGCAAAGAGUGGGGGUUCUUCCAAGUGAUCAACCAUGGGGUGCUAUUGGAUAAGCAUAAAAAGAUCGAGGCCGCUGCUAGGAAAUUUUUUGCUCAGCCCUUGGAGGAGAAGAGGAAGAUUACGAGGGACGAAAAAAGUUUGUUUGGUUACUAUGACACUGAGCACACCAAGAAUGUAAGAGACUGGAAGGAGGUGUUUGAUUUCGCAGUGGAGGAGCCAAUGUUAAUGCCAGCUUCCCUUGAUCCUGAGGACAAGGAAGAGACAAAGUGGACUAACCGGUGGCCUGAGUAUCCUCCAGAACUAAGGUAACUCAAUGAUCACUAAGAAGAACAUGCUUAUUUUAGGUAAUCAUAUGAUUAUACAAAGAUGAAAACCAAAAACAGAGAAGCAAUAGAAUGGUUAAAGAAAUCUAGAACACCUGUGAUUCAUAAUGAAAAUGCUUAGGAUCUAAUUAAAGAACACUAGCUCUCAAUUGAAAAGAUAACUGCAUGUGCUGCAAGGACCCUUUGCAUUAAAGGGUUAAAUACAAAUUUGGAACUUGAUCACUUAUAUGAUCUAAUAGCUAGACACUGCAUGCUUUGAGCAGGGUGGCGUGUGAAGAGUAUACUGAAGAAGUAGAAAAGCUAGCUCUAAAGUUGAUGGGACUUAUAGCAUGGAGCCUAGGCGUGCCAGCAGACAGGUUCAACAGCUACUUCAAAGAUCAAACAAGUCUUAUCAGACUCAACUACUAUCCACCUUGCCCUUCCCUUCAGUUAGCUCUCGGCGUUGGGCGCACAAGGAUAGCGGUGCUUUAACCGUGCUUGCACAGGAUGAGGUCGGAGGAUUGAAAACAAAACUUUGAAUCUCAAUAACAGUAUUUAAUUUAUUCUAAGAAUGAAUGAAAACAAAAAUAUUAUGCGCGAGCAUCAAACCAUUCGACUACAAUGAUCUUACAAAGAUUCAACAUUUGAAAAUAUGCUCACCAUCGUUGCAAUUGUCAAAGCAUUUGGCAUCAGCAACCUUGAUAGUAAGAGACCAAAAUGCUUGUUUAUUGAAGAACUAACCUCUUUAAGUCUUUAGAGAUCCAAUUUUAAAUUGAAGUCAACAUUCAAUGAAAGGAAAAAAAAAUGGUCAAACAAGCAAAGCCAGAAAGCCUAUCAGUACUUUUGAAUCCAAUAAAUAAUAUGAAGACAUAUACCAACAAUGAAUAUAUAUUUCCCAAUCAAAUUGGGGUGACCAAACCAGAAACAUAAACACAUGGAUCAAAGAAAGAAAAUUUUGAUCAAAUCAAUCUCUACUUUGCUGAUCAUUCUUCUCUGUGCAGCAAAUAUAACAUAAUCAGAGCCUACAAACCCUAGCAAGAAGCACUUUGUACUGGUUCAUGGUUCCUGCUUUGGUGCUUGGUCAUGGUACAAGCUUGUGACCUUAAUGAAGUCAUCUGGUCACAAUGUCACUGCCAUAGACCUAGCUGCUUCUGGGGUUGACCCUCAGCAGGCAAAAGAUCUGCAAUCAAUUUCUGACUACUGCAAGCCCUUGACGGAUUUCAUGGCAGCUCUUGAUCCUCCACAUGAUAAGGUCAUCCUUGUUGGUCAGAGUCUUGGUGGGUUGGCCAUUUCUUAUGCCAUGAAAGAUUUCCAGAUAAGAUAUCUCUAGCUGUUUUCGUCACUGCCUUAAUGCCUGGCCCGACCCUUAACAUCUCCGCUCUUAAUCAAGAGGAACGUAUUACUUUCAUUAACUUACGUCGUCGAAAAAUGCUUUGAGAUAACUAAAAGUGUUUUUUCUUUUAAUAACUUGCAUAAAUGAACAAAAGUACUUUAUAAGAAAUCACAUAAUCACUUUAAACGCUUCGUAGAGAAACACUCAUAAGACGCAUGUGUAAUUCACAUAAUGUGCUUCCAGUAUUUUUCUUUUAUAUGCACAUAAUUUUAAAAAAUAAAAAUAAAAAUAAUAUCUUUGAAUUAUUAUGGGAAGUUCCUUGUCCUUAUAUGCUGAUUAUAUCUUUUUUUCUUUGAUUUAUUUAUCUCUUCUAAUUGGAAUUAUAAAGUCGUUCAGAAGACAAUGAUCUCUAUUAGACAGCAAAUACACAAAUGACCAAGGCCCAAACAAUCCUCCAAUCACUCUCAUAUUCGGCCCAUUGUUCUUGGCAACAAACGUGUACCAACUCAGCCCAACUGAGGUAAGUGAAAUCUAACCG